AUGGAUUCGUCCGCUCUAAUGGGAAUCCGCAUUUCCAAGAACUUCCACUACGAUUCGUUCCCUUCCGAAGGACUGGUUGGAGACGGAUUCGAGAUGAAUCACAAUUUGCAUUGGUGAGCGAUACAUUCAAAGCGCUGUAUCUCAGCGGCCUGUAUAGAUAUCAAAAAGUGAUCAACUGAUAAAAUGUACAAAAUAUCUUUAUUAUCAACUUACUAGUUGACAACUUUUCGAUAUCUCCACAGACGGCUGAGAUAUAUUGCUUUGAAUGAACGGUAUUCGGGGUGUCGCUCUAUUACAAGUUUCACGCUAUUUUAGGCUCAGUCUUUCAGGUCGCUGAGCAUGAACUCUACCGAAAGACAGCUUCCUCUCGCGUGCCACGUGUAUCCACGUGUCACAUUCACCUGGGACAAUCCGUUCGUUCAAAAGUACACGGGACAAAUGUUCAUCGGUGUGAGCGGAGCGAAAAAUGCGACAAAAUGGUUUGAGCUGACCCAUUCCGGACAAAUUGUCGUUGUGGAAAUGGAAACGGAAGCGGAAAAUGGUCCGUGGAUGUGUCAUCUGGAUUUGUGUCUGACUCCGAUCCCAUCGAAGAUGACGGCUCCGAUGACGACGAACUUUUUGAAGACGCACCUGACCGAUGUGAUUUUGAACGUCGGCGGAUACCAUUUGCACGUCAAUAAACAGGUUGGAGGGACCGUCCGAGGUACUCUCGAAUAUUGUGCUUCUAGCUUCUUUCGGUUCACUCCGAAUGGUUUCGACUAGUGUUCGCUUCGAUGUCUCCGACUGUCAAGGCCUUGCCGAUCAAUAUAAAUCCGGCGGAAAAGUUCCAUUUCGCUCAAGUGCUCAGCCUGAUUCACCCGUUCCCGGCACUCGAAAUCAGUGAGUGAAUUGCAUCUUCUUUCCCAUAAAAAGGAGACAUUUCAGACGCAUUCAACAUCGACAUCCUUCUGAGACUGGCUUCCUCGUUCAAGAUCCCGGCGGCCAUAAAGUACCUGGAGACGUUGCUUCUGAGCGAGCCGAUCGAUGGGACUCUGAAGAUUGUGUUGGCCGACAAAUACGGACUGCAGACACUGAUGCGCAAGAGUUUCGGAAGACUGUCGGGGUUGGAACGGAUUGAGAAGCUGUUGGGCGACUCGAGAUUCGAUUUGCUCUCGGCAAACACGAAGGAAAUUAUCUUCCAGAAGUUUUUGGAAUUCAGACAAUAA